UAAUUUCGUGUAGGCUUUGCGUUAAAACUAUAACCGAUAAAAGUUUUAUAAUAAACAACGUUACUAGACAUUCUAGACGUUCUUUUGCUGAAAGUGGUAAAUUGGUGAAAGAUGUUCGUUUCUACUUUCUGAAUUCGUCCUCCUCUCAGUAACCACAACACUGUUAUAGUGUAGAAUGUGUAUGCAGCCAAAUAUAAAUAUCAUCAAAGAUCCUGUUGUAUGUAAACCAUGCUUCGAUACUUACAACAGUUUCCUAAAAAACUGCUUAGAAGUAGAGGAAACAAUUAAAGGUACUAUUGAUAGUUCGACCAUAGAAAGCCAAAUGAAUAUGUCAUUGUCUGAUUUAUUCGCCAAGACUGAAAACUUGGACAAAGAAUUCGAUAUAAACGAGAUGGAAAUGCCAAUAAAAACUGAAAGUAUAGACAUAAAAGUUGAAGACGAGGAAAGGAGUGACACGCUCAGCUCCGAUAAUGAAUCGUUCCAGAAGAGUGACUGGAAAGAUGCACAAGGAUGUAAACAUGAAAAUGGAUCAGGGAACGAAUGUAAUUCGACAACCAAGGCAUUUUCAACCAGUCAUCAGUUGAUGCAUGAAUAUGCCUCGCAAGUCAAAAUGUACAUGUGUAAUGACUGCAAUUACAAAACUAAAUACAGGAGUUAUAUCAUAAAGCACCAACUGAAACAUAAAGAUCCCUCACAGGUUAAAAUGUACAAGUGUACCAGCUGCGAUUAUGAAACUAAAUACAAGCAUUCUUUCAAACACCACGAACUGAAGCAUAAAGAUCCUUCACAGGUUCAAGUGUACAGGUGUGACAAGUGCGACUACAAAACUAUAUACAAGAAUUAUGUAAAACAACACCAACUAAGACAUAAAGAAUCUUCACAGGACCAAGUGUACAGGUGUAAUGACUGUAAUUACCAAACUAAAUACAAAGGUGUAAUGACUGCUAUUUUGAAACCAAAUACAAGAGUGCCAUUAAACAGCACCAACUGA